CCAGUGAACUAAAAAGUUCAACCAUGUGUUUUUAAAGAUCUUGUUUACAUUUUUCGGGCUGCUGCUUUGAAGGAAAAUUAUUAACUCUUUCACUCAUAAUUAACUGUUAAAAAUAUUUUUUAAACAACUAGAACUUGUCAUUUAUUGAUAAAAUGAAUUUUGUCCGAACCAUCGCGAACAGAACGAACGUUCUCGUUCCAAACUGUGUUGAGCAUUUGCGAACCGCUUUACCUUUGACCUCAGCACGAUUCCUAAACACCACUUCGUUGAGAGAUCGUUUGAGCGAAUCCCCAAAGGUGCAGGAGCAGGUCCUGCGAGACGACCCCCAUCGGACAGCUCUGGAUGAAACCUUGAGCAAGAUUAAUACAGAGCUAGCAAGUAAUUCUGAAGGACGGCUUUUUGCUCAAAUCCAUGUCUGUGGCAAACAAUUCAAAGUCACUGCUGAGGAUUUGGUGGUCAUCGAAGGUCACUGGCCCCCUGAUGUUGGCGACCGGAUCAAACUUGAAAAGGUGAUGCUUGUUGGUGCCCAAAACUUCACCCUUGUCGGGAAACCAGUUUUGCCACAAGAUCUGGUCACUGUCGAGGCAACGGUCGUUGAAAAAAGUCUGUCACAUACUAGGACGUUUUUCAAAAUGUGGAAGAGACAUAAUUACCGGAGGAUACAUUUCCAUAGGGCACCUCUGACAAUGCUCAGGAUAAAUUCUAUCAAAAUCAAUGAGCAAUUAGUGGCAUCGAAGGCGACCGACUGAAGAUUUGCCCUCAAACAAUUAUGUAAUACAAUUUGUAAAACCGAUAGUCUGCCUGAAUUCCAUAGAAUUCGCCAGUGUGUUUAGCAAAAUCUGUCAAUAAAAGGUUAUGUAUGCAAGUUCAAAUGAAACAUUUUAU